AUGUUUUGUUUUAAUUUUAUUUUCUGCGCAUUAUGGUUGGUUGGUUUGGUAGCAAAUGGUUGUUACGGUUACGUAUCACGAACACGUGUAUCAGCUGUUGAAAUUUGGCGUAAUGAUAGUAAUAACGAUGGUGAAGUACAAAUAGCACAUGGAAUUAAUAGUUGGCCAGCAUUACUCGAACAACUUAAUGGACCAAUUUUGGAACGAAGUACAAUGAUUGAAGGUGAUGUUUUCAUCUAUUAUCAACGUAAACAUCAUAAUCGAGCGAUACCACUAAUGAGCGCACCUUUGAAGUUUGCCGAUCGAAUAACAUUUAAAGAAUGGCUUCGAGAAGUUGCAAAAUUGCGCAAAGUAAUUAAAAUUAAUGUUCGAUCAACAGCAGCAAUUCGUCCAGUAUUGCAAUAUUUAUUUGCUGCAAGUGAGGACAUUUCUUCACCUGUUGUCCUACAUGCAAAUGUCUUCCGAUCACCUAGAAGUAAAGAGAUGCCGGUAGAUGCAGUGGAGUUUAUUGAUAGCGCAAAAGAAUAUUUUCCGGAUGCAACUCUUUCAAUUGGUUGGACAAAAAAUAAUCUAUCAGAAUUGACAAUUCCACAACUGAAUAUUGGUUGGCGUGAGCUGCUUCAAGUACUAGCACUUAUCAAAGAAAUUGAACAACCGCUUAUGCUAGCAAUCCGACUUAGUACAGCUGCUUAUUCCAGUAAACAAAUUGAAUUUAUUUUGGGCAUACGUUCCACAAUUUCAAUAUUAAUUUGGAGUGAUGAAAUGGAUUUAAUAAAUGAUUGGUUUGAAAUAAUUAAUCUUCGAUCAGGCGUAUAUUCUAAACGUUUAGUAUUUGAUUUAAAUGAUAAACAUCGAAAUGUAUUGAAAAUGCUUCCAUAUUCCAUUGUUAUGAGUGAAACAAAAUUUAAUCGAAAUCAUUGGAAUUUGAUAGAAUUUCCAUCCGUUUUUAUUGAAUCAUCUGGUGCUGUAAUAAGUGACGAAGGUAUUGCAUUUAUCGGUUGGCCAACGGCAUUCCUGAUCUCACUCACACAGCCAUCAGUAUUUCCGGAUAAUCAAAGGAUCACUGCUAAGCUAAUAUUUGUAAAAAAGAAACAAAAUAUCAAUGAUGAUUGGUUAAAGCAUAGUGGCUUUGUAAUAUAUCUGUUAGAGAAAGUGCUCGAUUUACAAUCACCUGAAAUUACCACCGGUAUAAAGAUUUUUAUUGGUUACAAUGGUCGUUUAUCAAUUGAAAAUCGAGGAAAACGACACAAUUACUAUAAUAUGAAAGCAGCAGGACAAGUGCGCCAUCAUCAAAGUUGCUAUGAUAUUGAACUUUUGGAUAGAGGUUGGCAAGUUGAGCUUACUGUUGGUGGAAAUGAUUGUAAAGAUGAAAAAAUGAUAAAUCCAACAAAAAUUACUUUAGAAACAUCAUUAACAAAGACACGUCAAUUACGUAACGUAAUUGUUUCAAAAAUAGGUGAUGGAAAUUUAGAUUUGAUUAUACGUGACCUGAAACAUUCCUCCUCAAAUCGACCUCAAAUUAAUUUAUUCUGCUUAUUUGUUAUAUUCAAUAUUGUUAGGAUUUUCUCAUAA